AUGGAGCUCAAGUUCUACAAUAUCGUCAACGACGAGCUGCGCGAGAGCAGCGAAAACCACCGAGGCAUUGACCCGCGCACCGAGGAAGAGCUCUGGCCAUGUCCUAUUGCGAGUGAUAAGGACUUCGAGGAUGCUGUUGCUGCUGCGCAAAAGGCCUUCAAGACAUGGAGCAAGUCAACUGUUGCUGAGCGCCAGGCGGCCCUCGUUAAGCUGGGCGAUGUGCUGAAGGAGCAUGCUGAGGAGUUGGCAAGCAUCUUGAUGCGCGAGAGCGGCAAGUCGAAACUCAUGUCCGAUAUCGACGUCCAAACCAGCAUCACCCAUUGCAUCUGGUAUUCCCAAAACCCCCUAGAAGACAACGUCCAAUACGAAGACGACACCACUAAGAUUAUCGCAACGCACGAGCCCCUCGGCGUCGUAGGCGCCAUCUGCCCCUGGAACUUUCCUCUGAUCCUCUCCAGCGUGAAGAUCGUCUCGGCGCUCAUCACAGGCAACUGUGUCAUCGUGAAACCCUCGCCGUUCACGCCCUACGCCGUGAUGAAAUGGGUCGAGCUGUCGCGCGGCAUUUUCCCUCCCGGCGUCUUCCAGGUCCUUAACGGCGGCGCUGAUGUGGGGGCCAAGCUCUGCACCCACCCCGGCAUCGCAAAGAUCACUUUUACCGGGACGAUCGCGACGGGGAAGAAAGUUCUCGCCGCUUGCGCGGGGACGCUCAAGAGGGUGACGCUCGAGUUGGCGGGGAAUGAUGCUUGCAUUGUCUGCCCCGAUGCAGAUCUCGACGUCGCCGUCCCGAGCGUCGCCAGCGGGGCGUUCUUCAAUGCCGGGCAAGUCUGCGUUGCCAGCAAGAGGAUCUACGUCCACGAAAGCAUCUACGACGAGUUUCUGUCGCGCUUAGUCGCCGAGGUCGAGAAAAGCUACACCAUCCAGGCCGACGGACAUGCCUUCAGCUUAUUCGGUCCCGUUUCCAACAAGCUCCAAUAUGGCAUCGUUAAGCGCAUCAUCGAUGACUGCAAGGCCAAAGGGUACGAGAUCGUCACAGGAGGCCAGACGGCCCAGGUCACGGCCGAUGGGAAGGGGUUCUGGCUGCCGCCGACGAUUGUCAAGAACCCACCGGAGGAGUGUGAGCUUGUGCAGGAGGAGCAGUUUGGGCCGGUGCUGCCUGUGCUAGAGUGGUCGGAUGAGGAUGAUGUCGUUGCGAGGGCAAACCUGGCGAAUGCCGGGUUGGGGGCGAGUGUUUACUCGAGGGAUCUGGCAAAUGCAGAGAGGAUUGCGAGGAGGCUGGAGGCGGGAGGUAUUUGGAUUAAUCAGUCCGAGAGGCCGCACCAUGCGGCGUAUUUUGGGGGCAUGAAGGAUAGCGGGUUUGGAGGGGAGAUGGGCAAGCAGGGGCUGCUGAGUUAUGUUUAUACGAAGUGUUUGUAUUUUAAGAAGUGA